CACCCCGCGGGCAGGCACGGCGGCGGCGGAUGGCGGCAAGGUCAGUGGGCGCCCCCUCCCCGCCGGCGGGGCUCCCCUCCCGGCCGGACCCCUCGCGGGGGGGCGCCGGGCGAUGCUCGUGUGUGGUAGAUCCAGCGGCGGGGCUGGCGCUUUCCCUCCUCCCCUUCCCUGCGCGGCGGCGGGGAGCGGGGCCGGCGCGGAUGCCCCCCGCCACGCCUUUCUCCCGCCCGGGCGAGGGGGAGACGCGGGUUUCGUAACCGACUGCCCUGCCUGGCCCCGCCGCGCACGGCUCGCUGCGGGCAGAGCAGGGCUCCGCUGCCGCCGCCGCCGCUUCCCGGCUCCGCCGCCGCCGCCCGGAGCUCCCCCCGCGGCGCCCGUCCCCCUGCGGGGAGGGCGAAACCAGGCGCGAUGCAAGGUCCAGGUGAUCCGCCGAAACGUGCGCGGGGCUGCCCGCUGCCCGCCGCGUCCCGGGAGGGUGGCGGGGCGCGAAGGUUACUUUGAAACCGGGCAGGGUUGCGCCUGCAUCGCAUCAGCGUUGUUUCAAGCGGAGGAGGGUUACCCUUGUGCUUCGUGAGCAAGUACUGAAAGGUUCAGGUCGGAGGUUUUCCUGUGCUCUCCAUAGCCGCUGCCUGGUGCUGCCCUGAGGAGAAGCGGCGGGAAGGCGGGCGCUGCCCCUCAGCCGCGGAGCGCCAGGGUGAGGCUCCUCACGAGGCCUGCGGUGCCUCUCUGCACCGGCCGCCAUGGAGACCCUGUCCCAGGACUCUCUGCUGGAGUGCCAGAUUUGCUUUAACUACUACAGCCCCCGCCGGCGGCCCAAGCUGCUGGACUGCAAGCACACCUGCUGCUCCGUGUGCCUGCAGCAGAUGAGGACCAGCCAGAAGGACCUGCGGUGUCCCUGGUGCCGUGGGAUCACCAAGCUGCCGCCGGGGUACUCUGUAUCGCAGCUUCCCGAUGACCCCGAGGUGAUCGCUGUCAUUGCAAUACCCCACACCUCGGAGCACACCCCCGUCUUCAUCAAACUCCCCAGCAAUGGGUGCUACAUGCUGCCCUUGCCCCUCUCCAAGGAGAGGGCGCUACUGCCAGGAGACAUCGGCUGCCGCCUCCUGCCCAGCAGCCAGCAGAAGUCCCUGACAGUGGUGACGAUCCCAGCAGAGCAGCAGCCGCUGCAGGGCAGCCUCCCCACCGAGGCAGGAGUGGAGGAGCCGGACCGGAGAGGCGUUGUGAAAAGCUCCACCUGGUCGGGGGUUUGCACUGUGAUCCUGGUGGCCUGCGUCCUGGUCUUUCUCCUGGGCAUCGUCCUCCACAACAUGUCGUGCAUUUCCAAGCGCUUCACGGUGAUCUCCUGCGGCUGAGGCGGGGAGGGGGGUGUGCUCCCCCGGGGGUUGGGUUGUUGGUGGUGGUGUGGUGGUGGGAUUGAGGGAGACAAUUCACCGCAGCUUUGCCCAAUGACUGCAGAAUGCUGUGCACCGGGGCAGUGGUGCGCCGGUGUGACAUCAGGCCUCUCGGCAGCGUGUGGAGAAAAUCACGUCCCGUGUCUGGCGGCAACGGCACUGAGGGAGGACUGCAUGCAUCACCAUAAUCAUUUAUCAAAGGGACCGCAACUUACAGUGAUUUUUUUAUUGUGUUACAAGAUUAAAGACAUCUAUGUAGCUGGUUAUACUGUAAAGUAUACGGUAUGAGCUCUUCUCUAAACACAGUAGAUUAAAAUCAAAACUGCUCCAUGUAGAAUUAAAAGGAGAAUUGGCACAUGACUCUGUACAAGAUGUUCAAUACCAGUCCACACAUGAAUUAUUUUUUAAUGAGGGGGGAGGGAGACUUGUAAAACCAAGAAAUCAUUUAGCUGGUAAGGCAUUUUAUAUAUUUUAAACUGCACAUUAAUUAAACCAAGUUAGGCAGUUGUACAAUAGUUUUUAAAAGGAAAUGUUUUACAAGCAAUCAUUUUGUUCUGUGGUGUGUGUGUUUUUGCCUCUGUUUUUCCCCAUUUUUUUCAGCUACAGGGAAGUGGCACUUCCAGCAUCUUUUAUUUAAAGGAGCUUCCAAGCAGGGAAGCAAAGUGGGCUAGGAGGAAUACCUAAAAAUGCAGCCAAAACACUUUUGCCUAACCAGCUUCACACAAAGGAUGGCUUUGAAUGGUAAACAUUGAACAAACUGUUUUACCUCCAGUCUUGCAGCAGGGCUUCCUGACAACCUGGCCUGCAUAGGCAUUAGUGAAGAAAUGAGUCAUGAGAAGUCCUAGCACUCCUCCUGCAAGGAUGUGUUAGCAAAUUGUUCUCCUUUUUCUUUUUCUAGAAGUUGGCUUUUCUCAAUUGUUUUUAAAGAGUUUAGACCUAUUUUGCUUCCCUCCUUGAAUGGUGUGACAGAGGAGUUGCUCUAAGGAAGCCUCACCAUCCCAACUGAGACCAAGGGCCCUUACAUGCCAUCAUCUAAUAAGAGGCAGUGACAUAGCUGGGAGGAGAACUUAGGCCAGCCUGACCCUGGGCUGCUACUCCUAAACCGCUGUGGCUGUCCUGGUGUCAAAAUGUUGGUGAGCAUAAUGGAGCCUUUUCCCAUAUUACAGUCUUAUGGAUGUUGGUGUUCGUAAGGACAGAUUUGAAAAAAACACAGAAAGUGUCUCCCUCCACCUGUGAGUGUCAUGAAACCCCAGUCAUUUGCGGUUCACUUCUUGGAAAGAGCCAAAUUCCUGAACCUUCACUGCAGUAGCACCUUGCUCUAAGCAGUCCCACUAGCUUUAGUAGUACUGCUUGUAAAUAAAAUAGAGCUCAGUGUGAAUUUGGGUAUUUGGCAAGUCUGAAAACUGUGUGAGAUGUACGGAUUGGAUCAAGGGGCACAUGACAGACCUUUAAUAAGACAGAAAAAUCUAUUGAUUUGCACUGCUGCUUUUUGCAAGUACAAGGCGUAACCUCCCUGAAGCGUGAUCUCCUGUCAUCUACCUACUGCUCUUUCUAAUAAUUAAUUAGAUUGCUCAAUGCCAUAUUAUAACACUGGAGAACAUAACUUUGACUAUGCAGUGUUGGCCCUGUAGAUGUUGGUGGUUUUCUGGUUAUGUCACAAAAUCCAGUUGCUGGUUCACAAUAAACGUUCUCAGCUAGGACUUCCGUCAGGAACAUACCUCUAUCUUUGUGCUGGAUUUCUUCCCCUCCCUGUUCCCAAACCACCAUUUUCUUCCUUCAUUCCUGUUAACUGAAGAAUAGCAUAUACGGUGCUUAAUUGUUAUGGUGUGUGUUGGGUCAUGUAUGGAGAGGAACCAUUGUGCUGAUUUUUAUCUACUGUCAUAUGUAUACAUAGCACAGGAAAAAAAUAUCCUCAGAUAACACAUUCAAUGCCUUUUUCGUGCAAGGCCCAUGUGCAGUACGCCUUGAAUCUGGCUUACAAGUAUUGUAAUUACAUGGACACUUCUCCACAGCAUGUUCAAUUUGGUUGCAGUAGGGAACAGCAGGUAUUCCUAACUGUCUCUUGUGAAUGUGCUAGUCUCUUGUUGCCAGUAGGUAGCCAGAUUUCUACUGACAUCCAUGCUACGCUGCUUAUUGUGUAAAGGAAAGCUAGUUCACAAAAAAAUCUUGCCUUUAUAAGACUCUUGAGAACGUGACCAGAUACAGGACUCUACCCUCUACUGCCUUAUCCCCUGUAGCAAUUUCUGGGUGUAACAGGAGCGUAUAGCAUAGCUGGAAGAUGCUCUGAGAACAGCGCUGAUGUAUUUUGCACCAGCUUCUGCAUUGGUUUAUCUGAGUUGUCAAUGACUGCGCAAGAACGCGAGGCAGUCAAAGAGCAGGUCCUGGAGAUGCAGUGCCGAUAAUGUUAACCUCCUUCCGGCCGUACCUGCCCGACUGAGGCUCUUGAGGCCGAGGUUUCUCUGGCCUUGCAAAGAAUGGCUGUCUUGAAAACCACCCUCUUCGUCCCUACAUGGAGGGUGCAGUAUGAAAGAGAAAUCAGAAAUUAGGUUAAAAUACCACACUGCAUAAUGCAUUAUGCAACAGGCAGACCUGGACUUUAUCCGGUAUUAAUGACGUAAGUAUUAUAUUAGCAGAAUACCAUCCUGUAUAACGUAACACAGUACAUUGUUUCGUUAAUAUGAAUUUCCUGUACUUUUUGUGCCUGCUGAAAUGCAUGUUUGACCUAAUUUCUGAUCCAGACAUUUGCCUGCUCACAGCCUUGUGUAAGAGCAAUAAGUAAAACCUCAAGAUUUUUGCCUGCGUGUGCGCGCACGGUGUGUAUGUUCAUUCCUUUUUAUAAAUAGGGAGUUCUGGAGAUGUUUUUGUUCUGGCUUUAGACUGUGACUAUCAUUUUAAAUUUGCAGCUGCCAUAUCAUGUUGGAUCACCUAGCUUUUUUGCUGACUUGUGUAGAAGUGAACUAAAUAGUUUGUUGUAAUGUACAGUGUUAAAAUGUUUCUUGAGUAUGUCGAUAAUCAUACUACUUUAAAAAUGCAGUGCAGUCUGUCCCAUUCCUUGGUCCAAUACCUGGCAUUAAAAAGUGAUACUGCUACAUACACCUCUUAACUUUUUUUUUAAUUUAAUUUUUUUAAAAAAACAGCCAUGUCUUUGUUAUUUUUCUCUGUGGAAAACACAUUUGGACUUGUCAAAAUCAUCAGGUUCUGGGCUAGUUUUUGUUCUCUGGUGUGCAGUAAGAAGUCACUGCCCCAGUUCCACAAAAAAAAAAAAACACUGCACUGUUUGAGCAACCAAAAUUACGCUAAAACUUGUGGGUAAUUACUCAAGCACCUGCAUUUUUAGAGCAAAUUACUCUGAAUGAAUGUGUAUUUAUUUGCUUGUUUAAUGGAAGGAUGUGUGUGUUGGGGUCCAGCUUCAUUUUUGUCCUGGAGGGGCCCAACAUCCAUUUUUGGCUUGUGCUUUCCUGGCAAACAGACUUUAGGGUUCACUCUGUGAAAUUUUGUUUAGUGAAUUUUAAAAAUUCAAAAUAUGCAAUUUUGGUAUGCAGGAUUUUUUUAGGAAUUUGUCUGUUCAGUGAUUGUUCAUGCUUAACCAAGAUGUAAAGGAGCCUGGAUGUUUUGUAAACAUGGAGCAAUCAUGAGUCCAAAGUUUCAUCUUUAUUAAUGAAGCUCAGUCUGAAUAAAACAUUAGCAGGAAAAGAAUGAUAUCAAGUGAGUUAUGGUACCUCUGUUACUUUGCCAUCAAAUGAAGAGCAUGGAAGGGAAUUUGGCAGAAUUGCUCCGUAUUUUACAAGGGGGUGGCUGAAAUUUGAAUCUCGGCGUUUUAAGGCAAAGUGUUAAGUGUGGGUUGUGGUAAAUAGUAAAAGGUUGUUCGUGCUUUAACUACCUUGGAAUACAGAAUUAUAGCUGAUGACUACUGUGCUGCACAUUUUUUUUCUUUUUUCCGUUUUAAUCAGAUGACUUAAAAGUUUUAAGUAAACGUUUCGCUU